UUUUACCAUACCGGUCAGAAAAAUGCUGAUCUCUGAUUGGUUAAUACAUGUCCAAUCACAGUUUAGAAUUCCCAACGGCAUACAAAUGUUUAUUUGUUCUAUCAGAUAAGGAUUUUCAUUGAGAACUUGGUGCAAUGGGGGAGAACAAAUCAAUAUAUAAACAUUUCUCUGCAACCUAACCUAACCUAAAUAAAGUACCUGAAUGUUUUUAUGAUUUAUAUAAUCAUUUUAAUAAUGCAUUUAAUAAUAUUGGAAAUAUUUUUUCGGAAGAAGAAAAGCUGAGCAUAUAUACUUGUUUAGAAAAUCGUAAAACUAUGGCUCUACGGCCCAUACAUUAUGCAGCUAACUUACUUGAUCCUCAAUUAAAAGGAAAAAAUUUAAAUAGGUCAGAAAUGGUUGAAGCUCAUCAAUUAAUUAUAAAUCUUGGUGAUAAAUUAAAUCUAAAUAGUGAUAAGGUAUUAAAAGAUUUAACAGAUUAUGUGUCAGAAUCAAGUAUGUGGAGUUACGACUACGUUAAGCGAGCAAGUAUAAUCACUUCAGCAUGUCAAUGGUGGCAAAGUAUUUGCCAAAAAUCUUCGUUGAGCAAAAUAGCUGUGGCUAUAUUGACUUUACCUGCAACAUCAGCUGCAACCGAGCGUUCCUUUAGUACACAAGGAUGGAUUCAUUCAUCUAAAAGAAAUAAGUUAAGUAUCGAUAGAGCUGGAAAAAUAACAUACAUUGCAAGAAAUUUAAAAUUACUUAAUCCUUCACCAAAAAAUACAGAAGAAGAAUGGGAAGAAGAUGAGGAAAGUAAUAAAGGAGAGGAUGAAAUAAGUGAAAUUUGUGCUGAGCAUGAAUAAGUUGAAUUUUUAGAAGAAGAAUUUACUCAAGACUAAUUAGUGAUGUUGAUGGAAUUGAAUCAGUAUUAGACUUGUUAUUUCCUAAUGAAAUAUGUCAAUUAUUA